AUCCGCACCAUCCUUUCCCUUUCCCUUUCCCUUGCUUUCCUUUCUGUAAAACAGGGAAAACAAAAAAAAAAGAGGUCAAAUAUUUUUUUCUCUAUCUUUCCCUCCUUUUAUACUACUCUGUGUCUUUCGAUCUCCGCUUUCUCUCUCUACAUCUCCAAGCUCUCUCUCUCUAGAAAAUAAAUACACGAAACAACUUGUCGUUUUGCCUUUCAUUGCUUUAGUUAGAAGUAUUAGUAGUUAGCAGAAUGGAUGGUGGUGCCUCGUAUAAUCCACGUACUGUCGAGGAAGUGUUUAGGGAUUUUAAAGGCCGUAGAGCUGGCAUGAUUAGAGCUCUCACUACUGACGUUGAAGAGUUUUACCAGCAGUGCGAUCCUGAGAAGGAAAAUCUUUGCUUAUAUGGGUUUCCCAGUGAGCAGUGGGAGGUCAAUUUGCCUGCUGAAGAGGUGCCUCCAGAACUUCCUGAGCCUGCUUUGGGUAUUAACUUUGCCAGAGAUGGAAUGCAAGAAAAGGACUGGUUGUCGCUGGUUGCGGUUCAUAGUGAUGCAUGGUUACUUGCCGUCGCCUUUUAUUUUGGGGCUAGGUUUGGAUUUGACAAAGCUGACAGGAAACGCCUUUUCAACAUGAUAAAUGACCUUCCAACAAUAUUUGAGGUUGUGACAGGAACAGCCAAGAAACAAGUAAAGGAGAAGUCCUCGGUGUCGAAUCAUAGUAGCAACAAAGCUAAAUCGAACUCUAAGCGGGGUUCCGAAUCUCAAGGCAAGUUUUCAAAGGUAAUGCAAUCAAAGGAUGAGGAUGAUGAGGAAGAAGAGGAAGAUGAGGAGCAUGGGGAGACAUUAUGUGGUGCUUGUGGAGAAAAUUAUGCAUCUGAUGAGUUCUGGAUUUGCUGCGAUAUAUGUGAAAAGUGGUUCCAUGGGAAGUGUGUUAAGAUCACCCCGGCUAGAGCUGAGCACAUUAAGCAAUACAAGUGUCCAUCUUGCAGCAACAAGAGAGCACGGCCCUGAUGGUAGCUGGGAGUUAGAUCUGUGUACUAUUGCAAAAGGGGAACUGCUAACUGUGUAGUAAGGUCAGGUUCGUUCUUAGUCAUGGUUCCUUGAUGUAGGAAAAUGUAUUUGAAUGCUAUAUGUAGGUGGCAAGUGGGACGUUUAUUUGAUUAUAAAAAUUAGGAUAAUUAUAAAUUCAUGUUAGGAACCAACUCCCCCCCCUUAUUGGGAGAAAGGCGUGUUUUAUGUUUGGUGACUGUUUAUAUGCAAUUGAGAAAGGCGUGUUUUAUGUU